CCACACUUGGUUUUCACGCAAUUCCACCCAUGCUGCGCCGCGUCCUCCAAGUCCAGACGAGCGCGUUCACCGCCCGCUCUAUCUCGUCCUCGGCGACGCUCUUCGCGAAACCCUCGGCGUCGGGAGCUGCGACCGCGACGAAGGCGGCCCUAACCGGCACCAUCGACCAAUUUUUCCCCACCAGCGGCGUUGUCGAUGGCAAAAAGGUCAAGCGCGGCCCUCCCGUUGUGGGUGGCGACUGGAAGGCGUGGAUGUUGCGCAACAAGUCCACGGACGAUCUACACAAACUCUGGUACGUCCUGCUCAAGGAACGCAACGCGCUCUUGACCGAACAAGCCGAAUGCCACACGAAGAACAUGGUGUUCCCGAACCCGUUCCGAAAGUCCAAGGUGCGCAAGUCCAUGGCGCGCAUCAAACUCGUGCUACAUGAACGAAGCAACAUCUACCAGCACAACCUCGCCGCAUCGGCGCCGCCAUCCACCGAGGACGAUGAAGACGAAGUCAAAGCAUAAUCACGACAAUACAACCGAUAUCGCCGUUCCAUA